AUGACUUGUCGUAUCGUAUCAUAUAAUAUUCUAGCACCUAUUCUUGGUAAUCGACCAGAACAUUAUUUUAAAUGUCAAUUGGAAUAUCUUCAAAUCGAUCAUCAAUGGAAUUUAAUUCAAUCUCAUUUAGAACAAGAAAUAAUGCAGAAUGAAAACACAAUCAUCUGCUUACAAGAAUUGACACUUACGAUUUUACCUAAAUUUGAACUAUUUUUUCGUCGAAUGAAUUACACAUUCUUUCAUAAUCUCUAUGGUGAACGACGCAAAGAUUACAUGGGUGUAGGUAUGGCAAUCCCGUAUUCCAUACAACUGAAUUCAAUAUCUAUUAUUAAAAUCGGUGAUCAUAUACGUUCUAUGAGUAAAGCUUUUGAAAAACAAACAAAUCUAUUUACAUGGAAAUGGGAUUUCUAUCAACUUGUUAAGAGUAAACUUAUAGAAGUUGUAUCUGAUUCAUGGGAAACUGCCAUGAAUAGAACUAAUACUCUUAUUUGUGUACAAAUAACUAUCAAUAAUAAAUCAAUAUAUAUUGGCACGUAUCACAUGCCUUGUCUUUAUAAAGAGCCCGAUGUCAUGCUGAUUCAUGCUUCCAUGGUGAAAGAUUUAAUGUUUCAAUUAGCAGGUGGCCAAGAUUUUAUUCUAGCAGGCGACUUCAAUAUCAAACCAUGGGAUCUUUGUUACAAACUUUUAACAGAGAAAGAUUAUGUUGGUUGCAAUAUGCCAGAAUCUAGUAGUUAUGAAAUAUCUUAUCGUUCCAAUACUGAACUAGUAUUGAAGAGUGCUUAUCGUGAGAAAAACGGAGCUGAGCCUAUGUAUACAAAUUUUUCUCAUACGCCACCAUCACCUAAUUUUUGUGCUACAUUAGAUUAUAUAUUUUUCAACGGUUCUCUUACGGUGGAAAAAGUAUUAGAAUUACCUGAUCAUCCUUCUGGUGAUUCUUAUCCUGAUGAAACGCAUCCAUCGGAUCAUCUGAUGAUUGCAGCAACAUUUCGAUUAUAA